AUGGAUGUUGCAAUUCAUGAUGGCGAAGAUGUGUUCGCCAAGCCAAAGGACAAAUGGACGGCCGAUGGCCUCGAAGUGACGAGUUUUGUUUUUGGUGGGUUUUUAUAAUUUUCUUCGCUCAGAAGAUAGUUCAAAAAGGAAAGGUUAAUUUCAGAUGAGACAUUUUUGGAUUUCUAAUGAGAUAUUUUUGGACUAUUAUCGUGUUCAAAGAAAUCGGCAGUUUAUUCAUUCAUUCAUUUUUUUUCUCAGAAAACGCACAAGAAACAGAAGAUCUGAAUAUUUUCUCACCGGAGAUGGUUUAUCAACAGUUCGGCGAAACGUAAGUUCUACUUUUUUUUUCAGUUCUGGUGGAAUUCCUUUUCUGUUAUAUUCCACCCGGAAGAAAUCUUUUCUUUCGAAAACAAAUUGAGCUGGAAUCAUAUAUGUUUGAAAUCUUCAGAGAAUCCAUUUUCGGUUACGACAACCUUUCCGUGCGUCUGCAUUUUUCCGAUGUUUCAUUGAGGUUCUGGCCGAACAUUGAAUAUAAGCAAAAGUUCAAGUCGCAGGAUAAUGAACAAGGAGUGAGUUUUUCUGAAUAAUAUCUCUUUUUGAAUAUAUUUUUUUCAGGCCGACGACAUUAUCGCCUUUCUAUGUGAUAAACUGCCUCCGGAUCAGAAAGAUACGAUGAUUUUAAACCGCGCGAAGUUUGAGGUACAGCGAAAAAAGGCUUGCUGGAAUUUUUCGGACGGUUUUCAACUGUUUCAAAAUACGUUCGGUUUCUAAGUUUGGUUAUUAAAUUUCUGGCAAGAAUCAUUCUUCAUCUUUCUUCUUGUAUUUUGCAAGGAGAGAGUGUAUGAUUUCUAGAAAUUUUGUAACUUUUCAAUUUGGAAACAUAGAAAAAAAAAACCAUCUCAGCUUUCCAGCAUGCCAAAUCAAAUAAAUGCUCACCAAAAUUUCUAAUUUGUAGGCAGAGUUGCAAAAAAACAGGAGCAGUUCAAACCUUUUGGGGACAUGAUUCGAAAGCUCGCAGUUGGUUCGUUUUUUUCUCUCAGAUGUAGAUUUUUUUUUGAAGACAAUUUGAAAUACACCGUUUCAUGACUUUGGCUAGCAAGGAGAAAACCUUUUUUUUUUUGAAAAUGCAGUUUUCAGGAAACAAGGAGUUUGAAAUUUAUUUUGUGAACAAAAACUCGCGGACACCCGAAUCGGAUCGAUUCGUCGAAAGAAUACAACACUUGGGACUUUUCUACAUCGAAGGGCUGCAGUACACGGACGAGGAAGACGAAAUGUGGAUAAAUUAUUUCAUGUUUGGUUCAUUUUUCAACGCUUUCCAGAAACUGUCAAAUCUAGGUAUGAGGUCCGAAAGUCCCACCACGGCGACGGAAAAACUCAUUACGCGAUCGCUGGCUUCAUUUCAGUCUAUCAGUUCUUCAAUUACCCGGAAAGCCGGAGGGCGAGGAUUUCUCAAGUGCUUCUGAUUCCCACUUAUAGGUUUGUAACAAGAAAAUGGUUCAAUUUAACUAGAAAAUUACCUAUCGAAUUUUUAAAUUUAACUAGUGAAUGGUUUAAAUUGAUUUUUAAUUGUUAAUUGGUGCAGUUUUUCACUUUGUGUUCAAAUUUGUGCUUAAAAUUUGACCUGGGGGUCUUUGAAUAAGGUUCAGAUUUCAUUUUGAAUGAUUUUUGCUUAAAAAGAUCUAACCGAUCUUUUUUUUAUCUGUUGUCUGUAAUGACAAAAAUCAUUCACUCUAUUUUAAAAACUUUUGGAGAAGUUUGAGUAAACUCGCCAUGUUAGGUUGUAGAAGUCACUUAAGAAUACUCAGUCGUAUCCACUUUUUAAAAAAAUUUUGAGUAAAAAAAUAAAAUUCCAAAAAAAGUAUUGAAAACUUCUCUAUUACGUCGAAAAAAAUUUUUCUUCAAAGCUUUAAGCAUUCUUCCUGAGAAAAAAAGUGCAGCGCUCAAAGAAAAAAAUGGGAUUUUUACGACUUCGAACAAUUUUAAUAAUUUUUUUAAAGACCAAGUAGGUUAUUCUUUGGCCUGGAUUUGGAAACAGCGGGAAAAAAACUAUGUCUAACAAGAGUGUCAUCAUUCAGAAGUCUUAAAAAAAGACAUCUUAUUGAUUUUUUUGGAUUUUUUUCCUGAAAUUUUGUGUGUUCAGAAAUCUUGGCCUUGGUCCUCACCUCCUUCAGAGCGUCUACCGCGACUUGUGGUCCAAUCCGUCGAUUUUCGAUAUCAGCGGUUGCGAAAAUUUAUAUAUUUUUGUAGAUCAAUGCCGAAUUUUGCAGUGGAAGAUCCGUCGGACAAUUUUCACUUUCUCCGAGACUACCUCGACUGCUCGAACUGCAUGAAACUCGAGGAAUUCUCGCCUACUUACCUCAAAAAAGGCUUCAGCGACUCACUUUAUCAAGCUGCGCUCAAGAAUUUCAAAAUUUCUAAGGUUUUUUUUUUGCUUUUUCCGUUUAUUAUAAUAAGCAAAUGCUUUUAUUCGGCGCAGAAGUUUUGAAAUGCCUAAUAUAAUAUGGAAAACGGGUUUUAAUUGGUUUUACGACAAGAGCGCGAUUUUUUCUGAACUGGCAAAGAUGACUGUAUGUGAAAGCUCGUAAUUUUUGUGAAAAAAUUGGGACCGCUCAAAAUGUGCAAACACGCCAAAUGUGGACUUUCGCAUACAGUACUUUUUGGAAACUCGCUCUUCUCAUGGCACCAGACCUUCAUGAACUUUUACUGUGCUUUUCUGAUCUGUUGAGCCAAUUUUUGAUUUCCUGGUGCGAUACUUAAAUUUCCUAUGCAAAAAAUUAGGGAUGUAGAUGCUUAAAGGUUGUUUAAAACUAUAUGUGACCAUCACUUUACUGUCGAGGUAUUUUUUUCAGUAUUCUUGAUUUAGUUUUGUGACUUUCAAAAAUGAAAAAUAUUUUAGCUUUGUAGAAGAUUUGUAGUUGUUUUGUAGUAAUGACUUUGUUGAUGAUUAGUGUUGAAUUAAAAAAUAAUUUUUUUACAGAUGCAAUGCCGUCGAGUUUACGAAAUAUUGCGCCUCAAAUGCACUAACGAAAAAAACGAGGUAGAGAUGAAGUCCUACCGGUUAGACGUUAAAAAAAGGUUUUUUUCAGACUUCUUCCCCGAAAAAAAAAAUUAUAUACGAUUUUCCAGACUCGAAAUCCCAAUGCGACAAAAGGAGAAAACGUGGAAAAAGAUGAAGAAAACUUUGUCGGAAGAUGAAUAUCGCCAGGUUUGUACUACAGUUUGAGUGGACUUGAGAAGAAAUUUUUUAUGGUUUUUUGUUUAAAAAAAUGGCUCAAGAAAUGACUGAAUUGGAAAGAUUGAUAAAUGGGAGAUCAGAAGCAUCUUUUUUGACAUUUUUAGAAACUUUGAAUAAAAAAAAUUUGAAAUUUGAAGGUGUUUCAAAGUUUAUUUUUGAACGUUGUUUUUUCUUUUCAAGAACACUAGAUUUCCAUUGAAAAUCUCAGAAAAGAGGUCCGAAAAACGAGGUUUUCCGGAUUUCGGAACCAUGAAUUUGUCCAUUUUACGCUUACAGAAGAGUUAACUUUGAAAAACGCCGUAUUUUUCUGAUUCGCAGUUUUUUUAAUGAUACUGGAAGUUUUUUUCAAUCAGAUGAUCGCCACCCAGACCUCAAUUUUCAUUCAAAAAACUUUUUUUCAAUUAGAAAAAGCGAAACUUUCAUCUUUUCUGGAAUAUAGACCUUGCAAGUUUUUCUGGGACCUCUGGAGCUUCGAAGUUUUUCUAACAGAAAAAUAUUUUCAGAUGAUCGCCACCCAGACCUCAAAGGAACAGAAGCUGGACCAGCUAAAGCAGCUCUACGAGCAAACCGUCGAACCCUACUACAAAACGAUCAAACGACUCGAGUCGUUCCCAUUUUCACGCUGAAACUUUUUUUUUCUAGUUGUGAAGUAAAUAUAUUAUGCCUGUAUAAACGUCGCUUUUUUAUCAACCUUUGUCUUUUUGCGUUUGAAGCUGUUUUGACGAAUAUUUGGAUAAAAGGAAAGAAGAUUUCGAAGGUAUCCUUUAGUCAUGGACGAGUUCUCGUUCCCCUUUGAACCCUACGACAUUCAGUUGAACCUGAUGCGCAAAAUUAGGGAGUGCAUCGAGGCUGGCGAGGUAAUGUCCAUUCGGUUAGCUUUUUUUUGUGAUUUGUUGUGGAAUUUGUCAAAUAAGACUUAUUCAUUCCUUUAUGUCAAUACUGAGUAUCAUUUUCGGGCCAUACAAUACUAAGUAUCAUAUGGCGCAUGCAAGGAAGCAGCCCGCGCGCUUUAAUCUGAUGGACUUGGUAGCUCGGAGGGAAAUGAAAAUCGUGUCAAGCUGACGCGAAAUAGGCUAUAGUUUUAAAAAAAAACUAAUUUUCACUUUUUCCUUGCUUUGAACAUUUCUUUGUUGCAUUAUUCUUACGGGUUCAAAUCAGAACUUUUCUACGAAGUUUAUAGUUUAAAAAUUAUAAGGAUUUACUUAGAUCCGAACUUAGAUACCCCAAAGAGAGGUGUUUGAAGAUCGGAAUCUUCGAGUCGCCGACUGGGACCGGAAAAUCGCUGAGCGUCCUGUGCUCGACGAUGACUUGGCUCGAAGAGCACGAGCGUCGGAAAAUUGAGGAACUCGAGCAGAGACUCGCCUCUGCGCGGACUCAAUCUCUUCAGCAAGGUAUUUCCCAUAUUGUCGCGGUUUUUUUUCCCUUAAAUCCGUCAACAUUUUUCGUUUUGUUAAAGGCGCAUGCACAGAAACAGGCCGCGCGCUUCGAAGGGAAAGGUUCUGUUGAAAGGAGGGAAAAAAAUCAGAACAAUUGUUUUAUAUUUUUAGGUCUUCAAGGGGUUUCAGUGGCUUUUUUCUAAAGGAAUUCUCGUUUUUCUGUAUAUUUCGAUCUAUUAAAAAUCAGGCGUUCCAUUCUACAGUCCAAUCUCUUUAUUUUUGCAACAUCCGGAUGAUAUGGCGAAGUUGCAGAGAGAGAAAUAGACCAUAGGUGGAUUAACUAACCCAAACCUUCAUCCUAACUUUUCGAAAAAAAAGUCCUGAUUUUGAGUUUUCUUCGCACGUUAUUUUAGUCAUCUGGUUUGGCGACGGAUUUUCUGACCAAGUUUCAAAAUUUUUGGAAAUUCUAGGUUAGCCCUUAAAAAAGGUCUAACUCACUAAGGAAUGAUCUCUGCCCACAGGGGGGCUUUCGAAUGAAAAAAAAAACCUUAGAUGUAGUUUUUACGCUGAUUCCGUCUCUGUGUUCAAAAUCCGCCACGGAAGUCUGAGAAAAAAGUGAGGGAUUCUCAAAAAUCGGGAGUAUUUUUUGAUUCAUCAAGAUCGUUCUUGUAUCGGACAGCCUCCAAAAUACCGCACCGCCCUUGCAUUCCCUUAUCAUGCGCGGAGCUUUUCGUAGCCAAUUUUGAGGUUCCAUAACCUUUUUUUUUUGAAAAUCUCCGUGGCAGUUUCAGACUGGCUUUGAAACCAGCGUGAAAAAAUCCAUCUAGGGAAAAUAAUCUCAAUCACAAGUCCCACUGUGAACCUAGAUCCUUCCUUGUGAAGAGGUCAGACUUAUGGAUCAUUUCAAGCUCAAUCUUUAUAAAUAUCAACUUUUCAAGUCUGGUUACAGAAGACAGAGAUGACUGGAUCGAGGCUCAUCGACAGAAAACCAAAGCCCAGGAGGAAGAAAACGAAGCAAUGUCAGAAAUGGAGAGAAUUAGUCGGUAUAGGCAAAAUGUCUUGUAAUUCUGCUCAUGCACUACUUUUCAGAGUAACGGAGCGCCUGAAAAUGGCGAAAGAGGGUCUGGUAAUGGAAAAUAGGAAGCGUAAAUUCGUCGAGGACGAUGAUGAGACGGUGGCUCCCCUGCAAGAGCAAGACGUCUGUUUUUCUUCUGUUUUCAGGGGUUUUAGAGACAAUUUCAUGAGAUUUUGAGUGUUUCUGACCUUAACAAUGAAUCUUUCCACCUUGAAUGGCCUUUUCACAAGACUUAGCAGUUAGAACACUAAAGAAAAAAGAAUUUUCAGGAAUGUGCCCCAAACGACGGCUACAACUCGGACGAGGGAUCCAGCACAAAAAUCGACGAAGAUGUAGAGGAGCCCUUGGAAACUGUUAAGGUUUCACGACAUCGAUGAAAAAGAGUGAUCAAGUCGAAACAUGAACCUAUUCCCUUAAAAAUAAGCUUUUGACGCCAUUUCUAAGUCGUUUGUAAAAUAUUUUUCUCGCCUUUCUGUCUUACAAGAAAACGUCCCCCCAUACUCGAACUUUUAAGGGAUCUCUGGCUAUUCGAUUCUAGAACAAAAAGAAAAAUCCACGGAAUAGAUCUUUUUUCCGAGUUUCCAAAGCUUCAAACUCCUCUCAUAACAUCUUUUUCCCAUUUUGUUUAAUUUGCGAUUUUUCAAUGCUAAUUUAAAGGGGCGACAAAAAACUUUCCCUUGUUAGAAGUCUUUUUGAGCAUUAAUAUCGGCAUCUUCUGAUUCAUUGACUCUGAAGGAUGAUUAAGAUAUACUACGCCUCGCGGACCCACUCUCAACUCGAGCAACUCGUCGAGGAACUCAAAAAAACGAGGUUUUUUUUCAAACUGACCUUUAAGUCCAAAAAAAUUUCAAAUUGAAUGAGCAAAACUUAAUUUUUUUUUUUCAGAUUCCGCCCGCGAAUCGUGACCUGCUCUUCCCGCGGAACUUUGUGCACCAAUGAAAACGUCAGAAAAUUGAAAUUGAAUCACUUGAUCAACGAGAAAUGCAUGGAACUCCGACGGAACAAGCCGAGUGGGGAGAAGAAAGCCAAAAAUAAUGAGAAGGUUUCCAAAACUGAAAACUGGGAGAGUUUACUGUAACUUGUCGGAGACAUACUAGAAAGUCCCCUGUGAGCCCUAUCUUUUCCGAGAAAGCCUUCACGGGCUCGGGCCAACCCGGGCUUCGAAAAAAGUUUCAAAUCCACUCAAAAUUUUAAUCGAAAAGAUUUUUUCAUUCGUUUAAUCAUGUUUCUGUUGAGUUUCGAAGGGAAACUGAACCAAAAUCUGAUAAUUGACUUGAAGAAAGUUUGCGCUUCCGGCAGGGCCGGCCGUUUUUACUUGAGAGCUCGCUAAGGCCGGGCUGGGUUGGGCGCAGAAAAUGACCGGUGGACAAUGGACCGACGGGCCGGCCCUUGCACAAGCCUGAUUCGAAGACAAUUCACUCCGAACCCUUUCUUGAAUUGGUAACAAGAAUCACCAAUGUACGUCUCAGCCAAAUUUUAGCAAACUCUCAGAAAAAUGUUUUUCACGGAUUUUCUGAAAGAACAAGCUCAGGAAACAAAACGAAAGUGCGCCUCGGGCAAGUCCUGCGAUUUCUACAACGCAACACAAAUCGAAGAAGUUGUCAACGGGAUUUUGUCCUGCAGUACGACGGCUACGCCGCAGGUUGAUAGAGAAAACAUUCAUAGGAGUAGAUUUAGUGAUUUUCAAAAAAACUCUGGACAUUACUCGGACUCUGGCAACGGAAACCGGACGCGCCCCGGACGUUUCUGAGAAAUUCUAGGGAUCACCUAAGAAAGCUGACGCUGCCAAAGUGGUCACUAGAAAUACAGAAAUAUCGUGUAUCAUUUUUUAACUCUAAUAGUGGGCGCAGCCUAGGAAAGUUUGGCGCUUUCAGUUAAGAAGACGGUGUGCUCUAAGAAUAACUGCCGAGAUAGAAGCGAGGCGGUACAUUGACGAUAUCGCAGAAGAGCUGCUAUCUAGCCGCGUCAGUAUUGCGAUUCCCUUGACGUGACUACUAUCUGCGAAACUAAGAACAAAACUGAACCAAGUGUACUAGGAGAUUUUCGGAGAGAUUCUUUUCUACGAUAGUUUUGAGGUACUGACAAAGGGCAAGUCGGUCGGCGGAUGUCCUUACUACGCGUCGCGGAGAGCGAUUCCACUGUGCCAGAUGGUCUUGCUGCCUUACCAGGUCCUGUUGCAUGGACCGACGCGCGACGCCUGGGGCAUCAAACUCAAGGGGAACGUCGUCGUCCUCGACGAGGCUCACAACGUCCUCAACACCAUCGGUUUUCCCUAGACUUGCGGCUUGAACUCAUUCAAAGAGAAAGUGUGUAUAGGAACAGCUUCAAAAAGUAGUAGACAAAUCCCACAAGUGAAACAAAAGAUGGGCGGAAUUCGGAAAUUUUUUUCGAAAUUUCGAGACCAAAAUGUUCAAUUUUGAGGCGCCCUGUACUCUGCGGAAGUCGGCUCCAAGUCACUAACGAUCGCUUUGAAACUCAUCCGGGAAUACAUCGAUACCUACAAGUUUGAUUUGAUCCAACUUCAAUAAUUUAUCUUUGAGCAUCUUUUUUAAAAUCUUGGAGUGGAAGUAUAGUCGAGAUGGAAAGAAGAAAAUAUAAGAACCAUUCAAAAAUUGAAUUUUGAAGACUCCGCCUGAAGGCGAAAAAUCUUCUCUACAUGCGCCAUCUGCAACUUGUCGCCAGUUCACUUCUACAGUACCUAACGAAUUCGAAAAGCAAAGAGGACGAAGUUAUGACCAUCCAGAGUUUCGUGAUAAAGGUUUUGGACGAAAAUCCUUUGCGAAUCAAAAAUCAAUGGUUCAGCUGAACAUUUUGGAAGUGAACUUGUUCAAACUCGCCGCCUACAUUGAGAACGUGGACCUUUGCAAAAAGUUCCAUGGAUUUUAUCUGCGAUCACAGAGGAACGCCUUGGUUUUUAUUGUCUUCUAGGGGCUUUGCUAAUUUUUCAUAUCUUUAGAAUGUGAAGAAAGAAAAUGAGAAGCCGAAAUUGAGCGGCAUUGCGAAGUUGAUGCAGAAAAAGGAAGAGAAACGUGAGUUUGCGAGAAAAAAAAGUUCUGACCAGCUCCUUUUGGUCCUACAGGGCUCAAGAAGGUACCGAUCGAUAGGCAAAUUUUUGGCCUUUCUAAUGAGAUUUCAUAUAUCAAUUUUGGUUCAUAUUGAAUGAUUUUUAUGAUUUUUUUGAAGUUACUCGGUGGUUAUUCUUUUUUUUUUCUUGGAGAUUCAUUCAAUUUGGAGGUCAUUAAAAUGAAUCAAUUCAUAAUCAUUGGAACCUUUUAUUUUAAAAUAAUUUUCUGCCAGGGCAAAUUAAGCUUCAAAACCACAUCUUUUUCGAAACUGAACUAGUUCUAAUGCUUUAAAUUCCAUUACAAAAACGCAAGAAAGGAAAAUUGUUGGUAAUUUGCCAAGUCCUUUAGGGCCAAUGGAAACUCAAAAUUUUUUUUCCAAGUUUUUUUUUGUAGCGACGGAGCGCGAAGCAGAAGAGCCCGGACUCAUCCCGCAGGCCCUUCCAUCGCCCCUCUACUCCCUCAAAUCCUUCAUCGACGCCAUGACCAACAAGUGCGAAGACGGCCGGGUUUUGAUAGAAAGAACUGCGGUGAAUGGCCCUAAGUUCGUUUUUUUUUUCUUCGAAUUUUGGCGCCAAGUCGAAUGAAAUUCACGUAGUGGUGUAUUCUUCCAAUUUCAAAAACCUCUCUUUUGAAAUUGCAUGUGUUUUUCAAAAAAAAAAACGCGUCAAAUUUUAGUUCCCAUCGAAGUGAGGCUGAAUUUUCAGAGCUCGUUACAUUUUAAUGAACCCGGCCGAUCGUCUUUCGGAAGUUGUCGAUGGAGCUCGAUCAACAGUUCUCGUCGGCGGCACCAUGGAACCUGCCGAACUUCUCGUCAGUCUUGUUUUUCAUCUUUCCCGUCUCACCAGGUCAGCGGAGAGACCUGAAACCCAGCUGGGCUCAUACGGGUUGAAGUAGGGUACACCCGCUGAUACCCUUUUUUAACACGACUGGAUGACCUUUCUCAGCAGGAAAGUUGUGCUUUUUCUCUCACACUGGCCAAGUGUCUCAACGGGUCUACCCGUUGAAACCCGUUUUAGGCUAUUCGAGUCUCAGUUGUGUUAAAACGGGGGGAAGAAGAAAUAGUUGACCCAGAUGUGUUUUUUUCGAAAAUCUAAGACCCAACGGUGCUCACGCGGAGCCUCAACUGUGGUUUAAAAAAGCCGAAAGUUCUACUAACUGAGUUUAUACCUGUUUAAUACGGGUAGCGGGGAUUGUUAGCCCUCAUCAAAAUAAGAAAACUCGUAGUUUGAUAUUAUGAAUGCAUUUGUUCCCCAGCUGAUACGUGAAAUUGUCAAGGUCCGUGAAUUUUAAAAUGUUUUUUUUUCCGAAUUGUUUUUUAUGAUAUUUUCUGACCUGGCAUCUCUCAAUGUACUUGGAUCCUAUAUACAGAGGAAAAGUUGAGAAACGAAGAAGGAGACUUGAAAAGUUUUUGCAGUACUAGGAAUGAUCAAGUGACUUCCUUUUUUGUUUGAAAAUUUUUGGUGAAACAAGUCGCCCAAUCCAAAAAAUUUCUACGCUACGUGAAGCUUCGAAGAAAUGAAUAUUGGUUUUUUUUUUCAUUGACUUAUUCCAUUUCGAAAUGUUUUAUAACGGCUAUACGAACACUAGAUUUCUUUUUACCGUUAAUAAUCUUCAAUUAUUUUUCAGAUCGAGACGUUGUCCCGAGGCAGCCAGAAAUCCGGAGUGAAAAGAUUCUCGUGUAACCACGUCAUCGACGACAAUCAGCUCCUCACUUUGGCCAUUGGUUUGUUUCUCAUCUUUCAAGUAUAGUCCGUUUUUCGCAACUUGAAAGGGCGGUACUUCCCUGCGACGCUCUUCUUUUUACGUGCUCUUUUCAUGUCUCUCUGACCUCACCGGGGAGGGAACAGAGAGACGCAGACACUCGAAAACUGUCAAGUCGCGAUGGACGGACCCUCGUCGAAGCCUUGAUAAAGCACAAAGAAGACAUUUUUCCAGAUAAAACGGUUGACGGGAAGAUUUUCCAGCUGAAUUAUCAAACUAGAAAUGAUAAGCAGGUGGGGUGAGAAGCUGUCUUGAAAUAUCCUCAAAAUAGGUCCUAAAAUCGCUGUCCUUGACUCUGAACGCCUUGCUGCCACAGUUGCCCAACGGCGUCGUCGUCUUCUUCCCUUCCUACGACUUUUUGUUCAUGUUCCAGAAAGAACUGGAAAACUUCGGGAUUCUGAAUAAAAUGAAAGCAAGUUAUCCAUGUCAACAUUUUUGAAUGAUACGAGGUUCCCUCUAUCAGGUUCCCUCUACCGUUUUGAAAAUUUACCAAAAUCGAAACUCGAAAAAAUUUUUGAAGAGUUAUUUCGAAUAAACGAGACUUUAUUGUCUCGAUUUUUGAUUAUGAAAAUCUGGAGGCUCGGUUUUCAAGUCUUGGGAUGUUUUCAGGAGAAGAAGGCCGUUUUUGUGGAGUCUCGGUUACCGACAUCCGAUGUCUGGGAACAAUUUGUCAGGACCGCCAAGACCCCUAAAGGAGCCGUUCUUUUUGCUGUCGUCGGCGGGAAGCUCAGCGAAGGUUCUUUCAUACACAGUUGAAAAAAAUCAUAGUGCCUCUCAGGAAUAAAUUUCUCUGAUGAGCUCGGAAGAGCCGUUAUAAUGAUCGGCCUUCCAUAUCCCAACAGAGCCAGCGUGGAACUCCGAGAAAAAAUGAAGGUAUUGGCGGUUUCGAACAUACGAUGUCUGAAUAUUAGCAAUAUGGAUCAACUAUCAAAUGAUCUAUUGUGUUUUUUUCCCAAAUCGACGUUCAAAAUUUUCUUGAAAACUAGCCUGUCAGUCAAAUUAAGAAUUUUUUAAAAAUGAAAUUGAAACCUUUUGAAGGCGUGACCACGAGCAGAACUCAAAAUACAAACGUGAAAAGCUUUUAGAAAACUGUUCCAGUGCAAUUUUGUGACAUUAUCUUGGGAAAUUCGUUCAAGAGGGUAAAAAAACAGAAAAGUCUUGUAAAAUGGUGACUACAUACAACGUUUUUUUUUAUUUCGAAGGCAAUUCUCGAGGUUUUUUCAAGUUCUACUUACCUUCUCAAGACAAAUUUUUUGUCUCGUGGUGAAAAUUCGGAAUCUCGCGGUAAGAAGUCAAGAUGAAUACGCAUUACCCCCUAGAAGUUGCGGAAUCCACACGCGCGAGAUCCCCAUUUUCACCGUGGUUUUACCGAGUUUCUGCCUCGGGAGAGCAUCUCGAUUGUCUUAGUAUCAUAUAUAGAACUUCGAUUUUCUUUGUCCAUUUCAGUUUCUCGAUUCGAAAGUCGCAGGCGGCGGGGCGAUGUUGUAUGAAUCUUUGUGCAUGCAUGGCGUCAACCAGGUGACUUAUCUUUCGUCUUUUCCAAUGAACAAUUCGGAAAUGAAGGCAAUCGGAAGAGCGAUUCGCCAUCGUCGCGACUACGCCGCCAUCUUCCUCUUGGAUGAACGGUUCAGAAUUUCCACCUUGUUUUCUUAAUUCCAGAGAUCUCCCUUAAAAAGAAGAUCGCCAUUUUUUCUCUUCCUGCACCGCCACAGAAUCUGGGCGUGAAAAAAAUAAAGGGAAAAUCAUAUUCAAAAAAUCACAGCAGCUGGUAAACUCAAACACACCUCUACAGAAGCCACUAUCUUGCGUUUUAGGGGCCACUACAGUAGUUUUUAGUGGUCUAGUAGUUCCACUUAGGCUUCUCAAGAGACCACUAAAUUUUAGCCAUUCAAGUGACAACUAAUUCCACUACUGUAGUGUCCACUAAAACUUCAAAAACCUACAGUGGCCACUAAAAAAUUUUUCAGAAAGUAGAGAUAUUUUGAAAGUCUAGACCGUGUGCGAAAUGAGCAUUGAUUUAUAAAAAUCCAAAUUUCCAGCAUAAACAAUUUUUCUUCCUCUUCUGACCAUAGCUACAAGGAGUUUAUAAAUUUUCAGAGAAAAAUUGGAUUGUAACUAUUUUUAUUUUUCGAAGACAGGGGUCUGGACAUCACAAUUUAUAAUGAUUUCGCCAUGACUUGGAAAACUCUGACCUGUCUGCGUCUAGUUUCUCUCUCUCUUACCUGCGCGGUCAUGAGGCCAUGAAAAUAGCACAUAAACGAAAGAGAAAAAGAGAGAAUCAGACUACUUCAAGCCAUGGCGAGUGAAGUAUACUGUAUGAAACCCAACGCCAAAACUCGUCUGAAUUCGCUUCACUCUCUCGAUUAAUUGUGCUUUCAUACAUCUUUUACCUGGCUGUGAGAGAGAAAGAGCACAGACAUGACAGAAUGUUCGCGUCGUCGGGAAUGACAUAUAUAACCCGUGUUUUUGAGGUACGCGAAAGACUCUGUAAGGUCGAAACUCUCGUCGUGGAUCUCCGGCAGACUUCGCGUGGCCAACGGCUUUGGCGAUGUCAUUCGAAGCACAAAGACCUUUUUCUCGACAAAAUAG